UAAUUGGACAUGAUAAAUAUAGUGGUUUCCUGUGGUGGGGUUGAGAGCUAGCCAGUGGGCUGUAGCCAGUGUGAAAGCAAUGCCAGAUGAGGUGUGAACUGUGAACCAAAAUGAACAUUUGAGACUUUCUUUCACUUUCCCUAUCUCUGCAAAGCGAUGUGUGAGAGUGUGAGAGAAAUCAAAAAUAAUAAAAGGAGACAGCCGAUAAGAGGAGAGGGCGAAAAAGGGGUAGUUGAUAGACAGCGAAUCUGGAAACUUGUCGUGUCAGCUUAACAUUGAAUGGUUGCCUCUUCAGAUUUGGCCAUUUUCACCUGGCAAAGAUGGACAAGGGCAACAUGGGCCCCAAGAAGACGUUUGUGUCCACUUUUCGGAUGGACUUUAAGCCUGCCGCCCCUCAGUUUGUGUUGAAAGGGAUCAAGAAUGGGCUGGAGGAUCGGGGCACUGCUCAGGGGGGUAGCAGCAAGCAGGGAACUAUAUCAACAGAAAAUAAACUAACCGUCAUCUGUCCACGGAAGGCACCUCACUUCACAGAGCCUCUGCAGGACCGCACAGCGGAGGAGGGAAGUGACAUCACAAUUCAAGAAAAAGAAACAAUCGCCAAGACUAGUGACAAGAAGUUCCCCAGUCAGUCCUCAGACAAGGAAGUGGAGAGUAGAAGUACAAGAGCCUCCUCCACUCCUCAACACACAAGUACCCACAGAGACGAGAAGGGGAUAGAUAUCACCCCAAAGAGAAGAGUAUCCACUGAAAAGGGUCCCCUGCUGGAGUUUCUGGACCCCCAAGAGCAGUUGGAUGUGCGGGUGGGAGGGCAGGCCAGACUCCACUGUGCCUUCAGGAGCUGUAGUUUUCCUGUGGCAUCCUGCUGGAUCUACAACAGAGAGCAGGUGGUUGUAGGCAGGCCGAGGACUCGUGUAGAGAGCAGUGACACUGACAGCUGUGUGGAGAUAUCUCAAGCUUGUCCAGAUGAUGCGGGUACAUACACUAUAUUGGUGCAGAAUCGCAGGGGCUCGGCUCAGCACACAGUCACCCUCAGUGUUAUCGACCGGCCACACCCUCCGGCAUCUAGUCCUGUGGUCUCCCAGCUCUCCUCCCGCUCCCUGGUCCUGUCCUGGUCGGGGCCCAGCUACGACGGGGGCAGUGCCGUCACAGGCUACGUGGUGGAGGUGAGACGAGAAGGCCCAGAGAAGCCUGAGGACUGGAGUGAGGUGACGACCCGCUGCAAGAACACCUCGUACCGGGUCCGCUCGGUCGUGGAGCCCCUGGGGGAGUACCGCUUUCGUGUUCGGGCCUACAAUUCAGCGGGUGUCAGUGAGCCGAGUGAGGAGUCGGACUGUGUCAAGAUGGACACCAGAGUAGAGUCAAAAGAGGAAUCCCAAUCGUAUGUGACUGUCACCAUUGACACCACGCACAAAAUCAAGGAUCAUUACAAUGUGCAUGAGAAGCUGGGAGUGGGGAAGUUUGGCCACGUCUUCAGGCUGAGUCACAAGGAGACAGGUCAGGUGUGUGCAGGGAAGUUCUACCGGGCCCAUGGCUCCAAGGCGAAGGCUGCGGCGCGCAGGGAGAUCGAGCUGAUGAACUGCCUCCACCACCCCAAGCUGGUGCAGUGCCUCGGGGCCUAUGACACCCGCUCCGAAAUCAUCAUGGUGAUGGAGUACAUCGCCGGCGGGGAACUGUUUGCGCGUAUCGUGGAUGACAACUUUGAGCACACGGAGCCCACCAGCGCACGCUACAUGCAACAGCUCCUGGAGGGCAUGCGGUACGUCCACCGGCAGAACAUUGUUCACUUGGACCUCAAGCCAGAAAACAUUGUGUGUGUAGACACCACGGGCACGCGGAUUAAGAUCAUCGACUUUGGCCUGGCAGCCAAACUAGAGCCUGGUACUCCACUGAUGGUGAUGCAUGGGUCGCCAGAGUUUGUGGCCCCGGAGGUGAUCAGCUACGAGCCGGUAGGGCUGGCCACGGACAUGUGGAGCAUCGGAGUCAUCUGUUUCAUCUUGCUAAGCGGUGAAUUGCCCUUCCAAGGUAACAGUGACGCAGAAACCCUGGGCCUGGUGACGGCCGCCUGCUAUGAGUUUGACCAGGAAAGCUUCGAGGACAUCUCGGACCAGGCUAAAGACUUCAUCACCUCCCUGCUCAAGAAGGACACAAGGGGUAGGCUGUUGUGUGAUGAGGCCCUUGCCCACCCCUGGAUGGCCUCUUUUACACAACUGGUCCGCCGGCCCACCAAGUCCCUCAAGAAGGACAAGAUUAGACGUUUCUUGGCCAAGCGCAGAUGGAAGAAAACGGGCAAGGCUGUAAUAGCACUGCAGAGGAUGGCCAACCUCACCAACAGUCCUGACUCUCCUGGAAGCUCUGGGGAGGAGGCUAGCUGGAGCCCGGAGGCAGAGCGGGCCAUCCAGUCCCUGGAUCAGGAGCUGCAGAGUGAACCCCGCUUCCAGCAGGCCCUAAGGGACACCAGCCAGCCCCGGGGAUCUACUGCCCGCCUGGCAUGCCGCAUCCAGGGCUACCCCGAGCCAGAGGUGAUGUGGCUUAAGGACGAGAGGCCCGUAGAGUCGUCGUCGAGGGUUACCGUGGAGUACGAUGGCAUGUGUGAGCUGGUCCUGACUGACCUGGGACCUGCCGACUCUGGGAUUUACAAGUGCAGAGCCACCAACGACCUGGGGGAGGCACUGUGCUCAGCCAAACUUACAGUGGAAAUGUAGAAUGAGAACACAAAACAACUACGACUGGAUCCCAAUUCUACACCGUUUUCCCCAAAGAUUUAACAAUGGUGGAAACUCCCUAGUAGCCGAUGAUAACACCAAUCCAAUGUUUUGAAUCCAUAAUGGGAAGUGUGGAAGUGUACACUUUAGGAGAAGGGUGGGGAAUCGGGAUGCAGCCUACAAUCAAUGUUGGAGAAGCUACUCUGAAAAUAUAGUUUACCAAGCUACCAAUUACUUCACACUGGAAGAAGUUAAGCUAGGUUACUUAACUAAAGUUACUUUGAAAAAGUAGUUCACUACAUCCAAACUACUUCAUGAAAAAUUAUCAUAUCAGAAAUGUCAUAGAAUACAAAUUGCAAGAACUGAUCACUCUUGUUAACAGAAUGUGUAAUUUAUCCUAUUAAGCACAAAAACAUUGUUUCAAGUGAGAAUUCGUUAGGUCUGAUGCCCGAAAAAGAAAGGAAAUUGCCUACUUCACCCAUAUUUUAGCAAA